GUCAGAUUGCAGAAGCUUACAUACUUUUCACUUGCAGACAAUUAGUAAUUAAGGCAACAAAUUUUGAAGAUUACAAAUUAUAAUUAGUCACAGCUUUAUUGGUUUCCUAUACAAACAAAAUACAGCUUCACGAGAUUAAACAUUUUUACCAACACACCUUGCAUUUUCCUCCUCGGAUCGUCCCUACUUGUUGUAUUCAGAGCUCUGCGACAUAUCACUGAAAGCAAUAUAUUUGGGAUGCAGAAAGAUGGGGUUAAACAACAGCUCUUGGCUCUUAGACGCCUCUGAGUUUCCAUCUGCAUUGGGGUUAUUCUGUUUUCUACAUCAUGUUUCCAAAUUUGCAGCUCAUAGAGCAUUUAAGUUCUCGUACCAGAUGCACACUGAAGCAACAGUGAUUAAGAAUCUUGGCGUGCUGAAGCACAGCCUUGUUGCAGACGGUUGAACACUGAAACAAGGUCUCCUGCCUGUAAAAAGAGAAUUACCAUAUCAGCAGGAGUGUUAUUUAUAGUAUAAGUAGAAUUGUUUGUUGAAAAUGGAGAAAAAAGGAAAUGUAUUGAUGCAAAAAUAUGAGUUGGGGAGAUUAUUAGGUCAAGGCAACUUUGGUAAGGUUUAUUAUGGAAGGGAUCUAAAUAGCGGAGAGAGUGUAGCCAUUAAAGUAAUUGAUAAAGAGAAGGUUCAGAAGGCUGGACUGAUCGAACAAACCAAACGAGAGAUAUCGGUUAUGGCACUGGUCAAACACCCACAUGUUGUGCAGCUAUACGAGGUCAUGGCAACUAAGACAAAGAUUUACUUUGUGAUCGAACAUGCCAAAGGCGGCGAACUUUUCAACAAGCUGGUAAAGGGGAGGCUCAAGGAAGAUGUUGCUAGAAAGUUCUUUCAGCAACUGAUCAGCGCUGUUGAAUUUUGCCACAGCCGAGAUGUUUAUCACCGUGAUCUCAAGCCGGAAAAUCUCCUGCUGGAUGAGAAUGGAAACCUAAAGGUCUCAGACUUUGGAUUGAGUGCAUUGGCAGAGUCUAAGAGGCAAGAUGGGUUACUCCACACAACCUGUGGUACGCCAGCAUAUGUUGCUCCUGAGGUGAUUGGUAGAAAAGGAUAUGAUGGUGCCAAGGCUGACAUCUGGUCUUGUGGGGUGAUCUUAUUUGUCUUGUUGGCUGGUUAUCUUCCAUUCCAUGACUCAAAUCUCAUGAAUAUGUAUAGGAAGAUAAUCAGGGCGGAGUACAAAUGCCCUAAUUGGUUCCCACCAGAAGUGCGUAAACUUCUCUCUAGGAUCCUCGACCCGAACCCUCAUACAAGGAUUUCAAUAGACAAAAUUAAGGAAGGCUCCUGGUUUAAGAAAGGGUCAGAAUCCAGACAUGUGGGAACCAAACAAUUAGUGAACCAAAAUGUUAUUGCAGAUGGUGGUGCUGUUUCCAGUUCAAAUUUGGAGAAUAGAACCUCUUCCUCCUACACCAAGCUAGAGUUGGAGAAUAGUACCUCUUCCUCCGACAUCAAGCUAGAGUCGGAGAAUUGUACCUCUUCGUCCGACACCAAGCUAGAGUUGGCAAAACCUGCAAACAUCAAUGCAUUUGAUAUCAUAUCUCUUUCAAGCGGGUUUGACUUGUCUGGUUUAUUCAUAAGAAAUGAUCAAAAGGAGGAACUGCAAUUCACAUCAAAGAAGCCUGCCCCAGUCAUCAUAUCCAAGCUUGAGGAAGUUGGCAGGAGUCUGAACCUAGAAAUAAAGAAGAAAGAUGGUGGAUAUUUUAGAUUAGAGGGAUUAAAUGAGAGAAGAUAUGGAACUCUGUGCAUUGACGUGCAAAUAUUUGAAAUUACUGAAUCCUAUUACUUGAUUGAGCUGAGAAGGUCCUGUGGUGAUGCGAUUGAGUACCAAAACAUGUUGACGCAAACUUUCAGACCAGCUCUUGAGGAAAUUGUUUGGGCUUGGCAAGGUGUGCAGUCCCAUCCAUAGCAAGUAGAAUCACUAAAAUGAACUUCUGAUUUCCAGAUGCUCAGUCUUGUCUGUUGAUCAUACUUUGUAUUAGUAUUUAAACUAAUUAUGUUUGUUUGGUGCGCUAGUUCUAAUUGUCAUUUUAACUUAAGUAUCAGCACCUGUCUAAGAAAGCAUGUUACUGCAAACUUCAAUUAUUUUCCCAGAGUUGUCUUCAUGAAUA